ACAACUUUACUGCAAAGCCCCGUUUCUCGCUCUCACUCGCUCGCCGUUCUUCGACCAAAUCAUCUACACCGCUUCACCGACGAGUCUCGCCGAUGAAAGACGCCGGAGGAACAGUACUUUGUAUUUGAGGCGAGCUGUUACGGUUCUCUUAGAUACAGAGACCGAACAAAGCGGUCUUUUGGACUGUUUGACGGUUUGGGAAAGACAGGUUUGGUGACUAAAAGGGCGUGCGCUGUGUGUGUGAGCGCUCGCAUGUCGAGACGACGUGGUUUUGGGGAGAGUCAUACGAGGGAGGCAAAACGGCGCCGUAUUUGGAUGCUGUGAGUGAUCGGAGGCGAUAGAUGGGUAGGGUAGUGGUGGUGGGGGUGGCGCUGACGGUGGCGGCGGCGGCCUGCGUGUUUGCAUCGGUGGUGGUUGGGAGAAGAGUGAGGAGUAGGAGGAAGUGGAGGAGAGUGUUGGGGGUGCUGGCGGACCUGGAGGAAGGGUGCUCUACUCCGGUGGGGAGGCUGAAGCAGGUGGUGGACGCCAUGGCCGUGGAGAUGCAUGCUGGGCUGGCCUCCGAAGGGGGCUCCAAACUCAAAAUGUUGCUCACCUUCGUCGAUCGUCUCCCCUAUGGGAGUGAGAAAGGAACUUAUUAUGCACUAGAUCUUGGGGGUACUAAUUUUAGGGUCUUGCGGGUUCAGCUAGGAGGUCAAAGGUCCUCGAUCAUGGAACAACAUGUGGAAAAGCAACCCAUUCCCCAACAUCUGAUGAGCAGCACAAGCGAGAUUCUCUUUGAUUUUAUUGCUUCAUCGUUAAAGGAGUUUGUCGAAAGAGAGGGAGAUGGCUCCCAAACGCUACUAACCAGAAGACGGGAACUUGGAUUUACAUUCUCUUUUCCAGUGAAGCAAACUUCUGUUUCAUCGGGCAUUUUGAUUAAAUGGACAAAACUGUUUUACAUUCCAGACAUGGUUGGAAGAGAGGUUACGGAAUGCUUAGAACAAGCAAUGAGUAGAAAAGGCCUAAACAUGCGGGUAGCAGUACUGGUUAAUGACACUGUGGGAACAUUAGCACUUGGACAUUAUCAUGAUGCAGACACUGUUGCUGCAGUGAUAAUUGGUACAGGUACAAAUGCCUGUUACUGGGAGCGGACAGAUGCCAUCAUCAAGUGUCAAGGGCUUCUUACAACUACUGGAGGCAUGGUCAUCAACAUGGAAUGGGGAAAUUUCUGGUCAUCGCAUUUACCAAGAACUUCUUAUGACAUGGACUUAGAUGCUGAUAGCCCUAAUCAAAAUGAUCAGGGUUUCGAAAAAAUGAUAUCAGGAAUGUAUCUAGGUGAAAUUGUGAGGAGAGUACUUUUAAGGAUGUCUCAAGAAUCAGAUAUAUUUGGAGCUCUUCCCUCCAAGUUAUCAAUGCCCUUUAUUUUGAGUACACCUAUGAUUGCUGCCAUGCAUGAAGAUGACUCCCCUGAGUUGACAGAAGUAGCAAGAAUCUUGAAAGAUGCUCUGGAGAUUCCUGAUGUUCCUUUAAAGGUGAGAAAGCUCGUCGUAAAGGUAUGCGAUGUGGUCACCCGCAGAGCCGCUAGAUUGGCAGCUGCUGGUAUUGUGGGUAUCUUGAAAAAGAUUGGCCGGGAUGGAAGUGGCGGGAUCACGGGUGGAAGGACUAGAAGUGAUGUUAAAAUAAGAAGAUCGGUGGUUGCUAUUGAAGGGGGUUUGUAUACAAGCUACACAAUAUUUAGAGAAUACCUGCAUGAAGCCUUGUCAGAAAUAUUGGGGGAAGACAUUGCUCGACAUGUCAUUCUUAAGGUCACCGAAGAUGGAUCAGGCAUCGGAGCAGCGCUCCUGGCUGCCUCAUAGUAAUCCAACCGUGUGGAUAGCGUACAGUUGCUAUAAAUAUAUAUUCAUAUAUAUACAUAUAGCCCCUGUAAAUGUAGAUCAUUUUCCAUAUCAUUUUGUAUAAAAGGAAGGAUGUCCAUAUUUUUUCCCCCGAAAAUUUCCAUCAAUUUUAUAGUUUGAUGUCCGCAAUGUGAAAAUGUUGUUCUUUAUUAAA